ACAUUAUAUACUACAGCACUGUCAUGUCUACAUUCUAGGCUUCUAUUCUCGUUUUGGGAGCAAGAGUCCUUUCAUGGGGUCGAGCUCUUGCGAGAGAUUGUGUAUACAGGCAUUCACUUGACAACAAGCUAUUCUAGGCACCUUGGUGAUUGUAAUUCAACUUUGCUUUAGUCUUUUGAGUCGCAUGAAGGCCGCUUGUAGUAGCUGCUGUCGCGGGGUGUGGCGCGGAGUACAAGCUGACGAGCGGAGGUUAGGAAGAGCGCAAUUUUGUAGCAUGUUCGAAUUUUAUGAAAGUAACGGGAUUCAUUAGACAGUGCUUGGGAUGCAUUAGCGGAGAUUCUAGCCGAGCUCGACGACGGCUUUUUGGGUGAUUCAGCAGUUUCUGAGAUUCCCAGCUUCUCAUACAACAUUCAGUUGUACUACGAAAGCUCCUUGUCUUCAAUUGAUGCGAAAAUCACAGACCUUUUUGGGCCAUGGAUGCUUACUACAUCCACGUUAACAACAAGGCGAUGCGCAAACGAAGUUUGUGCUGGUGAGGAUAGAUCACUGUCCUCUACAUUAGAUAGUCGGUGUAAGUUACUACAUAUAACGUUGGAGAUGGCAGACAAGAAUGCAACUGGUGACUCAAAAUGUUUUGAAGGAACAAAAGAAUGGCCAAGCUUCCUUCAGCUCGCAAGCAUCUUGAGAGACAGGUUAGAUGAACUUAUAUCAGGCACUCGAGAAGCUCCGGGAAUGCGAAGCAUAAUUGAAUACGCAGCUCCCUACCUUGAAACCCCAGAAAACGCCGAAUGCUCUUCCAGCACUAGUGUAGUGGGUUCUAUCACCAGAGAGUUGAAAAGAAGGGUAGUGGAGACAGAAAGCCCUUGUGGACACGUAUGCCCACAGCAUCCUGCAAUGUUGGAUCCUGCUGUGUGGAGUCGCCUACCUGAAGAACUCUUGGAGUUGACCUUUGCUAGGCUGCCAUUGCCUAACAUCCAGCGUUUGAGAUGUCUUUCGAAACAGUGGGAUCGGAGCUUGAAUGAAAAGUCACAUUUCAAGGCAACAUGUGCUGAGGUUAAUAGAAAGAUCUUUGCACUAUUGGAGGAAAAUAUUGAUGAUUACGGGAGGUUCUGGAUAAAGUUGUAUGAUAUGUAUUCCAACCGAUGGCAUGUUUAUGAGCUGAUUUUAGGGGAUGAUACGGAACCCUUCAAGACAAUGAGUGCUGCAGACGGAGGGUUGGUGGUCUUUGCGUCUGCGUGGAAAGCAACCAAGAAGAAGCCCCUGGAAAUUGUUGUGGUUAAUCCAUUAACCAAAGCUAUGAAAGUGCUUCGUUUAACUGGUCUAAAAACCCACCAAUUGCAGAUGAUGCAGAUAGUUACGAACAGUAUUACAGGAUAUUAUAAAGUGAUAUUGGUUUCAUGUUUAUUGCGUAAAGGUGUAAUAGCAGAAGUAUUUGAUUCUGAGAGAGAUGAAUGGAUUAGCUUGCAUUGGAGGGAGGAGCCGCAUCCUUCUGACCAAUUUUUCGGUAUCAAGUACAGCUGGGAUCUAGAGAGCUAUCAGGACCCAGAUUUCCCGGACGAAUAUUUUGCUGACCUAGAUUACGUCGGUCCCUGUGUGUAUAACUAUGCCGAGGAGAAACUGAACGAACUGAAUGAUGAGAGCUAUCCGGAACGGCAAGCAAUGGUUGUUUGCACUGGUGCACUUGUGAAGGAUCGGUUAUUUGUGCUACAUGAGGAGAAAGUUCGUUUGGAGGUGUCUGAUGGAGGUGAUCCAGGAGAACCUUUGACGAAGUAUCGAUACUGUAUUACAGAGUACCAAGCUCAAAUAGCCAACCCGAAGUGGGUUAGGCAAAGGAGUAUCAAUUGCGACCCUUUUGUAGUCCAUCCUGACGGGGAAAAGUACCAGAUGAGGCUUUAUGCAUGCAAGGGCUUGUUAUUGGUUAUCGCGUUCAAUGACGAGUGGAUCAAAGCUGGUUAUGACGAGGUUGGAUGGCUCUAUGACCUUUCUGCUGGUGAAUGGCGUGAACUUCCAAAAAUUUGCAAAUCUGAAGAUCACCAAAUCCAGGAGUUUAACAAUUUAAUGGUGGAGCUUCGUUGGGAUGCAGACCCUUAGGGAACCUCUAUUCUUCUGCUUCUUCUUACUUGCUUGAUUUAUUUUGUCCCUUUUUUCUUUUCUUUUUUUUUAUUUAUAAAAGAAUUUUUUAGAACACACCGACUAGAAUUGAUGUAGUGGUCAAAGGGGAACAAGGUUAGUAUCAGGUCGUAAAUGCUUGAUUCAGUUUUUUUCUCCUCAAGGCUUCUGUACAUUAUAUGAUGUGCUUUAUGUUCAUUUACACUAAGUUUGUAAAUAUGAGCUCUGGAAUUGCGAACGGCAUAUGAAACUCGCUGUGCUACAACCCUGUACUCGAAUCUUUUUUCUAGUAACUGAUUUUCUUAUC